AUGGCAGGCAAGUGUGUCCACAAAGCGUGUGGAAAGACCUUCACCGACCCAGAAGAAGACUGUGUGUAUCAUCCGGGUCCCCCAGUGUUCCACGAGGGGCAGAAAGGUUGGAAAUGUUGCAAGCCCCGCGUCUUGACCUUUGAGGAAUUCCUCGCCAUCCCGCCAUGCACAACCGGCAAGCAUUCCACCAAGAAGUCCGAGCGGCUACCCAUCUCCGCUACUCCGACUAUCGCAACUGCGGCGCCGCCUGAGAAGCCAGUCAUCGAGGAGCCGGAGUCUGAUGAUCCGGAUGCGGAGAUCCCAGCCAACGCAACAUGCCGUCGGAGGGGUUGCGGCGCGUCCUACACCGGUUCGACUGUUCGCGACGAAGAGAAGUGCGUCCACCACCCGGGCCAGCCGGUCUUCCACGAGGGAAGCAAGGGGUGGUCCUGCUGCAAACGCCGGGUACUCGAGUUCGAUGAAUUCCUGAAGAUCCCCGGCUGCACAGAGAAGAAGAGGCACAUGUUUGUUGGGAAGGCCAAGCCCCCGGGCGAAGAGAAGGUGGACACAGUCAGAAAUGAUUUCUACCAGACUCCUACCGCCGUCAACGUCUCCCUCUACCUUAAGAAGAUUGACAAGCAACGGGCCAAGGUUGAGUUGGCUGCCAACUCGAUUACAUUCGACCUUCCUACCACGGACAACAAGCGCUACCAGGAUACAUAUCCUCUCUUUGCGCCGAUUGACCCGGAGAAGUCAACUUUCCGCGUGCUCGGCACCAAGCUAGAUUUGAGCCUAAUCAAGGCUGAUGGUACUAGCUGGCCGGUGUUGCGCAGUGACGACAAGUGGACUGGACAGCGCAUCCAGAUUGGUAAUGCUGGGCAUGCAUGA